AUGACGGUCAGUAAAAAACGUACAAUCUCGGAUGAAAGUCGUGUUUUUCAAGAAAAAUGGUCCCAUAACUAUUUUUUUAUUCAAGUUAAAGAAAAGGCGAUAUGUUUGAUUUGUCAAGAAUCGAUUGCAGUGAUGAAAGAGUACAAUUUAAAACGACAUUAUAGUACCAAACAUGCAGCAAAAUAUGAUAUGAUAGAAGAAAAACUUCGAAUUGACAAACUUGCAUUGUUAAUGAAAAAUAUACAAGGUCUGUAUUUAAGUUUAAAAACAGGUCAUAAAGACUCAGAAGCCAGUAUCAAAGCUAGUUAUAUAAUAGCACAAAAAAUUGUCGCUAAAUCGAAGCCGUUCACUGAUGGUGAAUUUAUAAAAGAGUGCAUGGAAGUUUCCUUUGAAAUUUUAUGUCCAGCACAAAAACAAAUUUUUUCCAAAUUGAGUUUAUCAGGUGUAACUAUAGCAAGGCGUAUAGAAGAACUAGGAACAAAUAUUGAGAGUACCCUAAAAGAACGAAUUUCUAAAUUUAUUUUUUAUUCGCUGGCCCUUGACGAAAGUACAGAUUUGUCAGAUACAAUUCAAUUAGCAAUUUUUGUUCGGGGUGUCGAUUCUAAUUUUAAUAUUACUGAAGAAUUAGCCGCGCUUUUUCCAAUGAAAGGCACAACAAAAAGUUGUAAUAUUUUUAAUGCAUUAAAAUCGACAUUUAACCGUUUUGACAUCAAAUUAAAUAACCUUUCUGGAGUUAUAACAGAUAGAGCCCCAUCAAUGAUUGGAAAAAAUGAAGGACUCAUAGCGCUCAUUAAAAAAGAAAUGGGGACAUGUGGUGCAUUACAACUGAUACAAUAUCACUGCAUUAUCCACCAAGAAAAUUUAUGUGGGAAAUCUGUUGGUUUUCAAACUAUUAUGAAAGAUGUUGUAAAAAUAGUAAAUUUUGUCAGAUCAAGAGCAUUGAAUCAUAGAGAAUUUAAAAACUUUCGAAGUGAAAUAGACGCUGAACAAGGUGAUCUAAUCUAUUUUACAGAUGUUCGUUAG